AUGGCCCGUGGAAAAAUUAUACUAUUGACGGGGGCUCCUACCUGUGACGAGAUAGUAAACGAUAGACUCCUCGACGGGCUGGAACCGUCUGUAAGCAGGUACAUCGCAGGGUCGAUUGGCGAAAACACACCGGAUCCCACGCCUUCACGCCAGUGGCCGAACUGGAGAGCGCUUUCAGACGACGUGGACGCCGCGCUUCACAAGGGCGCUGGAAACAGAACAAAACCACAAAGCGCAGCAUUGUCGGUAGCGGUGCCGGCUCUGCAUCGUCGAGACGGUGACGAAAACAAUGAGUUUCUUGAGAGUGCGCUGGACGACUACACACAGGCAACUUCGACGGAGUUUGCCGCGGGAACAUCGUACGAAAGCACGUUCAUGCAAGAGAGCUUCCUGUCCGACGCUGCCACGGACUCGUUCGUAUCCUCUGCCGGCGAUCCGGCUCCGCCUGUCCCCGUGGCAUUCACGAAUCUGAAGGACCUGCCGCGGGCCGCGUUCUUAGAAGACUCCUAUCCGCAAACGGUGACGGUCAAUCUCGUCGCGGGCGUUGUCUCUGUCGAGCCGGUGCGCUCCGUACAACUACGUCGCGACAGCCGUGUCAGGAUGGAGCUGGUCGAAGUUGCCGUUGGCGACGAGACGCGGGCCGGGUUUUCCAUCACGUUCUGGCUUCCGACGCAGGGAGAGACGGCAGAGGUGAGGACGGCGCUGGAGCGACUUCGCAGUCGUCAUGUCGUCCUGAUAACCAAUGUUGCCCUCCGCGUCUGGCGCGGCCAGGUCUAUGGCCAGAGCCUCAGUAGACGGGUGAGCAAGCACGAGACGACAAUCACGCGUCUUGACUCGUCCGUCAGACUCUCGACAAGUGAUGGUAAGAGCGACUCCUUGACUGCGGCGUUCCGGGACAAAGUCGAGAGGGUGGAGCGUUGGGUCAAUAAAUUUCUGUUGCCGGUUGGACACAGUCUCGAGUCACGUCCUGCUGCAGCGAAAGCUGACCGAGGCAGGAGAGAAUCUAUAUUGAUCGAACAUGGCGAGCUUCCUCCGGACACCCAAUGAAGAAAUAGCAUAUCUGAGCUUCUAUGUACACUACAUUAAUCAUGCAUUGACAUGAGCAUUACCAAACUUCCCAAGUUUGUCACCAAACACCACAAACUCGCUCGCUACAGCUCCACAGGCUGGUCUGCAGGAUUGCCGUCUUUCAUCU